GCCUCACAUCGAUCCAAGCUUGUGUUCGGCCCACCCUCCACCACAACCACUACCACCACCACUGUACUCCUCGGUAGCAGCCACACGCAGCCUUAACACAUUUGACUUCUGCUGUCUUUGCAUGAAAAACGCCGACAAAAAUCAUCUCUGAGCCUUUUGUGAACACGUCUUGUCCAUAACCACCACCUCGUGCCCCCCUGCUCAACUGUCGCAAACCUCCACGAUCAAUCCCUGCCCUCGUCUGCCCCGCAGACAAGUAGCUGUUGGCUUUCGCAGUGCUGUGAUCCCGGCGAGCUUGCGCCAGCUGCCCUUUCACAUUGCCCACCACCCUUCUCAUCCCUUCCAGCACCGCAGUGCGUGACGCCGAGCCAUGUGGAACGACGAUGAAGACAAUAACCCCUACGGCGGAAGCUUUGAGCGCCGGGACUCGUUUGCUUCCUCCGCCAACCCUUCGUCCCCUAUCACCCGAGAUUAUCGAUACGACCCCCCACAGACGCCAUCUUCGACCGGCGAUGAAGCUCCUCCACACCACGAGCAUAGCGAUCUAGAGAGCGAUGAGGAGGAUUAUGGCCGUAAUCAGGACGAGCUUGUGCCACGGCGGAAACCGGGGGGUUAUGAUAGUCGGGUGGAACAGAUGCUUUAUGAGCAUCCGGAUAUGCCUAUUCUGAUCACAGAGGCGGGGAAGAGCUCGGAGAAUGGGAGAUAUAUCGUUUAUACCAUCAAGACUGGGGAGCUUAUAGUGCGCCGACGAUACUCGGAAUUUGCCUCCCUGAGAGAUGCCCUCACGAGACUACACCCAACACUUAUUAUUCCGCCAAUUCCAGAGAAGCACACCAUGGCUGACUAUGCCGCCAAUCCUACCAAUGCGAAGCAAGACCAUCAAAUAAUCGACUUGAGAAAACGCAUGCUGGCCGUUUUCUUGAACCGCUGCAGACGUAUGGAUCAAGUUCGCACAGAUGGCGUUUGGUGGCGGUUUCUCGAUCCCAAUUCCAGCUGGAACGAGGUCCUGAACUCGCACCCUGUAGCUUCGAUUCCCAAGUCUAUCAUGAAGGCACCACCACUUGAUCCCGCUAACCCGACUCCUGGCCAUAACUAUCUCCCAGUACCAGCUAGUUCGGCCAAGCUCCGCACUGGUCCAGCUACAUCUGCGGAUAGUUCAACUGGUGCUCAGCCAUUUGCGCGUUUCCCGCCAGAGAACGCCAACUUGAGCGAGCAGGAGCUUGAUCCUUACUUUUUGGCCUUUGAAGCCUCCAUCAAGGAACUCGAAACUCUGCUUACAGGACCGAUGGAGAAGGUCAAUAGGCGAACACUGGCCCAUUUGUCCUCUUUGGCAAUGGAUCUGCAGGAGCUGGGUGCUAAAUUCAAUGCCUUUGCACUUUCGGACACAAACUCGCCGCUGGACCUAUCAAUUGAGAGAAUAGGCCAAGCAGCGGACUCGUCUUACAUCGCCACGGAAGAGCUGGCGAACUCUCUGGGGGCCAGCUUUGCUGAGCCCAUGCGGGAGAAUGCACAGUUUGCGGGAGUGAUUCGUAGUGUGCUGAGAUACAGGGUGUUGAAGAGGGUACAACAGGAAAUGACUACGGACGAGCUCAACAAGAAACGCGUGCUUCUGGAUCAGCUGGAGCGCAGCGAGGCGGAAGCCAGGAGGAUUGACCAGUACCUGAGCAGCAGCCAGCAGAUCCAGCCUCCGAGACGAUCGACCAGCACAAGAGAGCCCCAAUCACAGCACCGUCGUGACGGCAGCAACGAAGACACGGCGUCGAUUGAUUCCGAUUUCCCCCCUACUCAUGCGGACAUCGCGGCGGCACCAUCUGCCAAGAUUGGAGCGCCAGAGCGAGCCACGCCGGCCCCGGGCCAUAAGAAGGCACCGAGCAGCGGGAUCUCUAUUACGAACAAGAUAUUUGGUCCGUUGCGCCAUGCUGUCCAGGGUGUGGUGGACGCGGAUCCGGAGAGGACGAGACGGGACAUGAUUGGGAAGACGAGGGAAUCAAUUCAGCAGCUGGAGCAGGCUCAGGUGGCGUCUGCACAGGAUGUCAGGGAUGCUAGCGCGAGUGUGCUGAAGGAUCUGAAGAGGUUUCAAAAGGAGAAGGAGGAUGAUUUGAAGCGGUAUAUGCUUGCGUAUGCAAAGAGCCAAAUCGAGUGGGCCAAGAAGAACAAGGAGACGUGGGAGGAGGCCAAGGUUGAGGUGGACAAGAUUGAUGAGUCUUGGGUGCGGUAGGUGAAGGGAAAGAAGAGGACAGGAAUCGGGAAAAGGAAGGAAAAGGAACUACAGAUGAUGCGCUGGCCAAGAAGGUUGGGGCGACGGCGCUUUAAUGUAUUGUAUGGACUGCCAGGGUUUGGUAGAGCAGAGUUAUGAAUCAGGACUUGCGGUGCAUUACUGCCAUAUUUCA